AUGAAUAGUACAGGAGGAGGAGAAAGAGGAGGAGGAGGAGGAAUAGGAGGAGGAGGAGGAGGAGGAGGAGGAGGAGGGGAGUAUGAAGAAUAUAUUCAAUUAAAAUUAUCCCCUAUAUUAGAGAAAAUAGUAACAGAAAUAUUAUUGGCUAUGCCUGCAGAUCCUAUUCCUUUUAUGAUUAGUAAAUUAUGUAUUAUUGCUAAUUUACCUGAUCCUUAUUUACAAUCACAACAAACAAAAGAGACGGAAGAAUUACGCGAAGAAUUGGCGCGACUAAGACAAGAGGUACAGGCAGCAAUGCAGCAGCAGAAGCAGCAGCAGCAGCAGCAGCAGCAGCAGUCUUCCUCUGGUGGUGGUGGUGGUGGUGGUAGCUCACAGCAGCAGCAGCAGCAGCAGCGUCAAGUAGCCUUUGACAGCAGCAGCAGCAACCGCAGCACACAGGAUACAGAUGAUAGCGAGGAGGAAGAAGAAGAAGAAGAAGAAGGAGAAGAAGAAGGAGGAGGAGAAGAAGAAGAAGAAAUAAAAAUAGAUAAAAUUAGAGGAUUUAAUAAAAUGAGACAAAGUGUCUGUGCAGAAGUUUAUGGCAAUUGGAAUAAAAAACAACAAUUUGAACCUCCUGUCUAUCCAAAAACAGAAGAACAAAAAAAAAGAUUACACGAAAUAUUAGGUAUAUCGUUCAUGUUUAGCUCAUUAGGGGAAAAAGAAUUAAGAGUAGUAAUAGAUGCAAUGAGGGAAAGGAACAUACCUGAACAAAUGACGUUAAUAAAACAAGGACAAGAUGGUGAUUGUUUAUAUGUAGUAGAGAAAGGACAAUUAGAAUGUUGGAGAGAAGAAGAAGGAGGAAAAGAAAUAAAAAUGGUUAAAUCUGUUGGUCCUGGUGAUGUAUUUGGUGAAUUAGCUCUCUUAUAUAACUCACCAAGAGCAGCAACAGUAAAAAGUGUUAAUUCUUGUUCUUUAUGGAGGUUAGAUAGGGAUGUAUUUAAUGCAAUUGUUAAGGAUGCAGCUAAACAAAAAAGGGAUAUGUAUGAUGCAUUUCUUGCUAAGGUUCGUUUAUUAGAAUCAAUGAGUGCAUACGACCGAUUAAAAUUAGCAGAUGCAUUAAGAACAGAAGAAUUUAAUGAUGGAGAAUAUAUAGUUAAACAAGGAGAACCCGGAGAUAUAUUCUAUUUAAUUGAGGAAGGAAGUGCUAUUGUACUCAAAGUAUUUGAUGGACAAACUGAAUCCCAAGAAAUUGGAACUUAUACGAAUUGCGGUUUCUGA